UCACAAAAUGAGUUCAUCGCCAGAACAAAUGGCCGAGAAUGUGAAUUACCUAUGUCUUAUGGUGACUGCCACUUUAACUAGUGCAACGAUGGUGCUUGGAUGUACUACCGGGCAUCGUGAGAUGUUCCGACGAAAAGGUUCAAAGUCAAAGAAAUCAAUGAAAUCGAAGAAAUCUAAAAAAUCUAAGAGAGAAAAGAAGGGUGAUAAUGAAGAUGAAAAGGAAAAUUAUAAGGAAGAUGGAAAUGAUCACAAUAAUGGAUCUGACAGGAAAGAAGGUUCUAAAAAGAAAAAAUCAAGACAGAAGAGUAUGAAAAGCUCACGGAGCAAACGGAAGAAGAGACACAGUUCUGGAAGUAAACGUGGCAGUUCUAGGGACAAAAGAGAUAGCUCUCGGAGCAAGAAAAAUAAUGUAUCGGCUCAUAAAAUGGAGAAAUCUCCAAGUAGACGUGAUUUUGGAAGAGGAGGUGAUAGAGAUAGAGAUAGAGAUGGAGAAUCCAGAAGAAGUAGUUAUAGGGAUGAAAAGAGAAGACGUGAAAAUUCACAUAAGUCAGCCAGAUCAAUGCCUGUAGAAAAAAGCAACAGCUACCGAAAUUACAAGAAAUACGAUGACAAGGUGGAGGAUCCACCACAUGAGAAACGAAAUUCUGAUGACGUUCGUUCAGUUUAUGUGGAUACUGGAAAAUCAACAUAUUCCACUGCUGUAAAGCCAUCAAAUGAUAAUCCAAAAUCAUAUUAUUCUCUUCCACCAACAUCUCCUUCAAAGGAAAAACCCACAAAAAAGAUUUCACGAAAUUAUUUGGCUGAUCCAUUGUCUCCGGGGGAUAAGAAAUCAGCAAAAAUCUCAACGAAAAAGUUGAUUUCUACAAUAAAACCACCAAAAACGCUUUCUAAAAAAUCAGCAAAAUCUACGAGAAAUCCAUUGAAAUCGCCUUCCAAAAGGUCUAAUAGUGUGAGACCAGAAAAGAAAAAUAAAAUCAUUUCGAAGAAGGCGUCCAAGAAAAAUGUUGAAUCGAGAAAAUCAAAGAGAAAGUGAACAUGUGAUUUCUGGAUCAAUCGUCUCCUGCUGUACAAGUGAACUGAUAUUCUUCCGAUUAUUUUAAAAGUUGAAAUGAAUAUUCCAACUA